GCUUUCUUGAUUGGAUAUAAAUAUAAUAUUGAUAGUAGUCACUAGUCAAAAUGUCCUGGCUUAUUAUGGCGGGUUCGUGUUUUUUCAAGCUCAAAUACGAAAUGAGUAGUAAUGUGCGCCGCUGGGGCGGCGACAUUGACAGCGAUUUGUCGAAUAUUCUCGUUCGCCAUUUUGUGAAUGUUAUGGAAUUUCGUGUUAAGUAAUCAAGACGAACACACCCCGAAGAGUUUGGAAUUUAGCAAGUUGAGAUGUCUGAAAAGUCUUUGGUGAAAAAGACAAUAUUAAAGCGUCAUGAAGUUGCGAGACCUAUACACAUUCAGCGAUUGGAGGCCGCCUUAGAUAUCAGGCCAUUCGUGAGCCAAGUAGAGAGAAUACUAAACUCUGAUGGUGGCAGUGAUACCGAUGAUGAUUCCGAUAGCAAGUCCAUAGUCAAUGAAAUGUCAAAAGGUGAUCAGGACAUGCAUGGCGUUGUGACCACCAAACAGGAGAGACAAAGUGAUCGCCUAAGAUUAUAUAACUUGGCAUCUGUUGGGGAAGAGCGACAGUGGCUUCGGGAUGUUUUACUCUCAUCAGAAUCAGAAAUAAGCAGUGAUGAUGACAGUCCAGCUGCUAAAGAGCAAAGAAUUAAAAGAUUGCUCAAAGAAAGACAUUUCCAUAAUAAAUAUGCUAAGGAAUAUUAUAAGGACCAAGGGAAUUCCCGCUACAUGUACUAUGGUGCUGGGCUGCUUUCAACUAUCGAUCGUUACCCUGAACGACGAAUUAGUCGACCUAUGCCUACUCCUAGUAGAGGUCGAAGAGGUCGUCCAGCAGAGCGUGGUUCUUCAAGAGGUAUGGCGAAAGCUAAAAGAGGUCGUGCUAGAGAAAACCGCGGCUUUAAUGACAGUAGUGAUGUACCAGAUGGUAUUGAUUGGGAAGAUCAACUUAGAAAUAUUAAGGAAGAAAAUGAUACUGAUGAGUUUACCAGUACAGAAAAGCUAGGAAUCAGAGGUCGUAAAAAAUUAGCUUCACUCAAAAGUCCCGAAGCAUUAACCGCUCGUCGAAGGCGACACUGGCAACUUCUAGUCAAGAAAGAACUGGGUAAAGUGCAAAGAGCACGAACAGCGACGCAUCGAGAGUUGAUGCUUCAAAGAAAACGAUUGGCUACCCUCUGUUGUAAACAUUGGAGACAUGUAGCGAUGCAGUCCCAAAAGAACAUGAAGGAAACAGUCUGGCGAUGUAAGCGUUUGAGUCGUGAAAUGCAAGCAUACUGGAGGCGAUACGACCGCGCCGAGCGAGAAACCCGUCGACGCAUGGAGCGGGAGGCUGAAGAGCAGCGGAAGAUGGAUGUUGAAUUGAUGGAAGCCAAACGACAACGUCGGAAGCUAAACUUCCUCAUUACUCAGACAGAAUUAUAUGCUCACUUUAUGCAACGAAAAUUGAAUGCGGAAGAUGUAGAAGAUGGAGAUGACAAUGCUGAUAUGAUACUUAAGCAAUUAGACGAGGACCGAGAUCCUAGGCUAGCUGCUAUUGAUAAUUAUGAUUGCGAAGCGAUGAAAGCCCGCGCGUCGAAGAACGCCUUGGAAGCGUUCCAGGCGGAGCGCGCGCGCACGCUGGCGCUGGACGCGGCCGACGGCGAGCGCGAGCGGCGCGGCGACCACGACCAGCCCGCCAUAUUCCGCGGGACGCUCAAGGGAUACCAGCUCAAGGGCAUGAACUGGCUCGCCAACCUAUACGACCAGGGCAUCAGUGGCAUCCUGGCAGACGAGAUGGGUCUGGGCAAAACGGUGCAGUGCAUCGCGUUCCUGUGUCACGUGGCGGAACGACUCGGUGUGUGGGGGCCCUUCCUCGUCGUGUCGCCCGCUUCCACGCUGCACAACUGGCAGCAGGAGAUGCAGCGCUUCGUGCCGGACUUUAAAGUGGUACCAUACUGGGGUAGUCCAAGUGAGCGUAAAAUACUCCGUCAAUUUUGGGAACGUAAAGACUUACAUACGCGUCAAGCGGCGUUUCACGUAGUGGUCACGUCGUACCAGAUAGUCGUGUCCGAUCUGAAAUAUUUGAACCGCGUGUCUUGGCAGUACAUGAUAUUAGACGAAGCUCAAGCGAUAAAAAGUUCUGCUAGUAUGAGAUGGAAGUUACUGCUCGGAUUUAGUUGCAGGAAUCGACUUUUGUUGUCGGGUACUCCUAUCCAGAACAGUAUGGCUGAGCUGUGGGCUCUGUUGCAUUUCAUAAUGCCGACGUUGUUCGACUCACACGACGAGUUCAACGAAUGGUUCUCCAAGGACAUUGAAAGUCACGCUGAAAACAAAACAACUAUUGACGAGAAGCAUUUAUCCAGAUUACAUAUGAUUUUAAAACCAUUUAUGUUGCGACGUAUCAAGAAGGAUGUGGAGAAUGAGUUGUCCGACAAGAUUGAGAUUAUGGUUCACUGCCCUUUAACUAUAAGACAAAAAUUAUUGUAUAUAGCUCUUAAGAAGAAAAUAAAAAUAGAAGAAUUAUUACAUUAUUCCGUUGGUGCCGAAUCAGGUCACAAUGUAGAUAAAAAUUUUACAUCGAAUCUCAUGAACUUAGUUAUGCAAUUUAGAAAGGUAUGCAAUCAUCCGGAAUUAUUUGAAAGGCGAGACGUGAGAUCGCCAUUCGCUAUGCAAGUGGAUGAUUAUCAUAUACCGAAGCUUAUAGCUGAAGAUGGUAUUCUAUUGCGUUCUAUACCGUCGAAACGACAUAUUCUAUACAACAAAUUGUCAGUUUUAACCCCUGAGUACGUGCACAGAAGUUAUGAAAGUGAGAAUGAGAAUAUUUUUGCAUUUACGAGGUUCAUGGAUCUGUCGCCAAUGGAACUUUAUAGGGUUAUGGUGUGUGGAUGGUUAUAUGCUAUGCUUCAUAUAGAAAAUUGUUUAGAAAAAUUUGAAAAACUCAGACAUAGACAGAAUUGGUGGCGACGUGUUGAGGAGAGUUGUGUCAAGCAAGAAGAGAGUGAGACGGAAGUGUAUGGCGAUUACUUUGAUAGAGUGAAUAGCAAAGAUAUGUUGUUAAUUUGUCCCGAUGGCAAUAUAUUGAAACGAAGAAAACAUGACAGUCUACUUUGGAGGGAAUUUCUAUUUACAGAUUCACUUUGGAUUGAAGGGGGUCCGUUCUAUGCGCACACAGAACAAAUAGUACAUUAUAUGCAGGAGACGAUCGAGCAUCGUGCCAUGCGGACGAAGAACUUAAAGACCGAAGGACAGCCUGAGAUGUUAAGUGAAAUAAAAACUGAAGAAGGUGGUGUGAUACCAGUUGUGGCACAACCGGUAGAGCUGCCGGAAUUCGAACACGUGGAGCGACCACCUGUCGUCUAUGUGGAUGUGCCCACACCACUACCGGCUUUCCUGUACACCGCGCAACAGAAGGUGAGCGCCUUCACCCGCGCCGCGUUCGCGUCGUCGCGCAGCUUCGCGCACCACGCGCGGCGCCACGAGCACGGCGACAGCGCGGCGGGCGCGCGCACGCUGGCGCGCCUCGUGGCCGCCGCGCGCCCGCCCGCCGGCUGGGCCUCGCUGCACGUGCCAGAUAAGAACCAACUGGUGAGCGAUGCGGGAAAACUGACGGUGCUGGACUCGCUUCUGAAGAGGUUAAAGGAGCGUGGACAUCGAGUACUUAUAUACAGCCAGAUGACAAAGAUGAUAGAUUUGUUGGAGGAAUACAUGUGGCAUCGUAAACAUAAAUACAUGCGGUUAGACGGUUCAAGUAAAAUUUCAGCUCGACGAGACAUGGUAGCUGAUUUUCAGGCUCGCGCUGAUAUUUUCGUGUUUCUGCUAUCGACGCGUGCCGGUGGACUGGGCAUCAAUCUCACUGCUGCGGACACUGUAAUAUUUUACGACUCCGACUGGAACCCUACCGUUGACCAGCAGGCAAUGGACCGUGCGCAUCGCUUGGGCCAAACGAAGCAAGUCACAGUUUACAGACUAAUUUGUAAGGGAACGAUAGAAGAACGGAUCAUGCAAAGGGCGAGGGAAAAGAGUGAAAUUCAAAGGAUGGUCAUAAGUGGGGGUAACUUUAAGCCAGACACACUCAAACCUAAAGAGGUCGUAUCUCUCCUUUUAGACGAUGAAGAAAUUGAGUUAAAAUAUCGUCAAAAAUCGGAAGAAAAGAAAAUUAUGGAAGAAAGAGAACGCAAGAGAAAAAUGGGAAUUCUACCAACACAACCAGUGGCAGUUGAACCUAAACGUUCGCGGGAAUCGGCUUCGGAGCCGGGCAGUCCGCUGCAAGUGGAUGACGACAGUGACCAUCUCGUUGUAGACGCUUCGCCGCAGCCUUUGCCGUUCUCCCCGCCUGUGCGGCGCGCGACGCGGGGUGCGCGGCGGGGGCGGCCGCGCGGCUCGCGACACGCGCCCUCGCGCCCGCACACGGACAACGCGUCCGCCGUCGCCGCGGGUGCAGCAUUGCUCGAGUCGGACGCGCCGCUGGAGGCGAUCGAGGUGCCGGCGGGGGCGGAGACGCGCGGGCGGCGCGGGCCCGGCCGGCCGCGCCUGCGCGCCGCCACCCGCCCCGCGCGCCCCGGUCGCCGCGCGCGCCGCCCCCGCGAGCCGCUGCUGGUGCCGCUCGCGCCGCCGCCCUAGCCCACACCACACACCCCAUAAUUAACUCAAAUGGACAGAAAAUGAUGUGGUUUACUCAUGAAAACCCACCUACCUGUGUUUGUAUUAAAUUAAAUUAUUGUAUAAUUUAAUAUUGAAACAUUUAUACCGUUACACAAAUGUAGAUUAUACAACUUAUAUUAAUACGACAAUGUACAAAAUGUGCUUUUACUUCUAAAGUAUUAUGUGCAAAGUUUUAAAAACUUUGUAUAAUUUAUUAAUUAUAUAUGAUAUAUCCUUCAAGUCAAAGAAGAAUGUAUAUAAGAAUGAAUUAUAUGUUAAUGUAAAUUUUUCUUUAGAAAUGUAUACAGGUUGGUGAAAGAAAAGCAGUUUUUUUAUAUUU